AUGCCAGUCCUAAUUGUAAAGACCGAAAACAAUGAGCAAAAUGAGCUCCGUGAUAUCGCUUUAAUCGAUACCAAUGGCGCAUUUGAUAAUGAUGUCGUCUCGGAGCUCACUCCAGAACAGCAACGACAAAGAGUUGUGAUAAUACGCGUUAACAGACUUAUUCUUUUGUAUCGAGAACAUCAUUCGAGGUUGAGCGCCUUUGUCAAGGACCAUAUUCGAGGGUUGCGUAUUCUAGUCUCCACGCACUAUGAGUGGAAUACCCCACCGGAUCACUUCACAUGGGGAAAUAUCUACGAGGAUAUCAUCGAGGUCUUCGUCUCCAACUUUCCCGGCGAGCAGCUUCCAGGUCUUUGA